AUGAGCGGCGCAAGACUUUGCACAUUGCUCGGAGAACUGGGUUACGAAGGAACAAAUUCAGGAUCAGAUUCAUUGGAUCCAGAUAGCUUCGAAUGGCCUUUCCAAUACGAAGACACUCGCCCCAUUCUUCACUGGAUCUGCUCCACUCUUCGUCCUUCUAAUAUCCUCUCCCAUUCCGAACUCUCUCAGUAUGAGCAAUUCAAGCACCAAGGUAAAUUAUUGGAAGGCGGUGAUUUGGAUUUCGCUUUUGAUAGCAUUUCAGCUUUCUCCGAUACUACUGAUAAUCAGGAAGCUCUUUUUGGUCCUCAUGAACCACUUAGUUUGAAGGAUAUCAAGGAAGAAACUUUGGCGUAUAAAGCUGAAGCUGCUGAUUUGCAAAGACAGCUGAGGCAACUUCAAUCUCAAUUUGACAUGCUUUCUGGCCAGGCGUCAACUUUGACCCAAGGGAGACGAGCGCGUGUUGGCGCGACUUCUGUUGUUAGCGGCCACCUCGCAGCAAUUGAGGAGAGCCUUUCCGGGAGAAAUUUACAGAUGAAUGCAGUUCUUGGAAGGAUUGCUUCCACAUCAGAGGAGUUGGCUCAUUACCAUUCAGGAGAUGAAGAUGGUAUAUAUUUGGCAUACUCAGACUUCACCCAGUUUUUGUUUGAAGACUCAUCUUGUCUCAAAGAACUUAAUCAAUGGUUUUCUAAGCAACUCGAUACAGGUCCAUUUCGACUUGUUGCCGAAGAGGGGAAAUCUAAAUGUUCAUGGGUAAAUCUUGACGACGUCUCAAGUAAUUAUGUUAGAGAUUUAGAAAAAUCUCAUCAUCAACGUGUAUCUGAGUUGCAACGGCUUCGUUCAAUAUUUGGAAUAAGUGAAAGACAAUGGGUGGAAGCACAAGUUGAGAAUGCGAAGCAGCAGGCCAUUUUAAUGACGCUUAAAUCACAAGUAUCAUCAGAUGAAGCUCACAUGCAUUUUGACCACCAUUUUCUUCGGAGAAAGCAUUCUGAGUUGAAAGCAGAACUUUCAAAUCUUUAUAAUCAUGAAGAAAAGCUUCUAUCAGAGACUAUUCCAGAAUUGUGCUGGGAACUAGCUCAACUCCAAGACACUUAUAUUUUACAAGGUGAUUAUGAUUUGAAGGUCAUGCGCCAAGAGUACUAUAUUAACAGGCAGAAAGCGUUCAUAAACCAUCUCAUCAAUCUGCUUGCCAGGCAUCAAUUGUUAAAGAUAGCCUGUCAGUUGGAAAAGAAGCACAUGCUUGGAGCAUAUUACUUGCUUAAGCUUAUUGAGUCUGAGCUGCAAGCAUACUUGUCCGCAACAGAGGGUCGGGUGGGUCGUUGUCUGGCUCUUAUCCAAGCUGCAACUGAUGGUCAAGAACAAGGGGGAGUACAUGACAGUGAUCAUUUUUUGCAUGCUAUUAGAGACCUACUGAAAAUUUAUUCAAAUACUCAAGCCGCACUGUCGACAUACGUAUCAGCACCAGGCAUUGUCCAGCAAAUAUCAGCCCUUCAUUCAGAUUUAAUGACACUUCAAUCGGACCUUGAUAAUUCUCUUCCAGAAGAACGAAAUAGGUGUAUUAAUGAACUGUGCAACCUUAUUCAAAGUAUGCAACAACUGCUCUUUGCAUCUUCUACAACUGCACAGCCAAUACUGACCCCUCGGCCAUUGAUGAAAGAGCUCGAUGAGAUGGAAAAGGUUAACGCAGAGCUCUCUGUUGCUGUGGAAGAGGUGACACUAGAGCAUGUCAAGAAAAAUGAGAUUGUAAAACACCAUUCGCAAGAAAUAGGACUUCAACGGCGCGUCUUUGUAGACUUCUUUGGCAAUCCAGAACGGCUCAGAAGCCAAGUUAGAGAACUGACUGCCAGGGUCAGAGCCUUGCAAAUUUCCUAG